AUGAAUCCGCCGCCCGACGCCGCCUGCAGCACGGCCGAGGUCAACGACUGCGCCGAGCGCGUCAAUGCAUGGGCAGGCUUGCCGUGCGACGAGCAGGACGCCUUUACGUACGUCUCGCCAGUCAACUUUACCAUGCUCUGCACCGACAGCGACUGCGUCGCCAAGGCCAAGGCCUACCCAGCCCUCGAAUCGCGCUGUCGCCGGUGUCUGCCCGACGACCCGCGCGUGCAGCGGCCGCUCUACACCAACUUUUGCAGCUCGAGUGCGGUCCAGACCAAGAUUACGACCUUGUACAAGCACUGGGCCAUUUGCGAAGCCAUGAACGGAGGCCACGACCCCAAGUCCGAGGGCUGCAACUCGUGCACGUGGACGUCCGCGCUGCUCAACGACGCCAACAUGACGACGUCGGCAGGCGGCAACUUGGACCAGUUUAGCAACUUUACCGACCGCAUUGCGCACCCGCGAAGCAACGAGACGGACCGCGUCGUACGCAAUUCGAUCCUCUGCGCCCGCGUCAAGACCACGUCGCCGCCGGGGCCGCUCGAAGGCGCGGCCGUGCGCACGGCGGCGCCCACAAAAUCGAGCAGCAGCAACAGCAGUAGUAGCACCGCCGGUGGUAGCAUGAACGACGCGACCAUGUACACGUACGUUGGCGUCGCCGUCAUUGGGGCACUCUGCAGCGUGGCCCUUGUGCUCUUUCUCUUGCGGCGCCGACGCCGACGUCGGUCCACGACAUGUCGCCCGCUCUCGGCCACGGGCGAACCGAGCGCGUCACGGCAGGGCGUCACGACGGGUGACGACGGCGACGACGAGUACUACGACGCCUUGUCGCCGACCGCGUCCAUGACAUGGACAAAAGACGUGCCGACGGUCCGCGAGAAGGAGGUCGAGGUCCUCCAGCUGCUGGCACAAGGCGCCAACGGCCAAGUGUUUCUCGGUGUCUACAACCGGCGCCAUGUUGCGAUCAAGACGAUGCUACCGGGCCACCACACGUCGCAGGAGAUGUUUACCAUCAUGCACGAGAUCGGCAUUCUCUCACGAUUGCAACACCCGUCGAUCGUCCAGUUUCUGGGUGUCCUGGCGCCGCCGCGGACCGAAGGCGACGUCCGGUUCCUCGUCGAGUACAUGGAUCUCGGAGACCUCCGCGAUCGGUUGCUACACUCGACACCGCAGUCGCUGCCGUGGCACGGCCCGGACAAGCCGUACAUUGCGAGCCAGAUCGUCGCCGGCCUCGUAUAUCUCCACGCCCAAGAUAUUAUCCACCGCGAUCUCAAAUCGCGCAACAUUCUACUCUCGUCGGGCGGCGGUGCCAAGAUCUCGGACUUUGGCGCUGCACGCCCUGCGUCGACGACACACACCAUGACGCGGGGCGUCGGCACGUACCGCUGGAUGGCGCCCGAGGUGCUGAGCGAGAACCAGUACUCGGUCGCGGCCGACAUCUUUUCGUUUGGCAUUCUGCUCACGGAGCUGGACACGCACAUGAUUCCGUAUACAGACGUCAAGAGCAAAAAGUCGGGUGCGCCGCUCGUCGACACGGCGAUCGUGUCGAUGGUGAUCGCCGGUGCGAUCCAGCCGACCAUGCGCGUCGACUGCCCGAUGUGGCUCCAAGAACUUAUUAUGCAGUGCAUUGCGACCGACCCGAGUCUGCGCCCGACCGCGCACGACAUUCAACGGCGCUUUCAACAGCAUGGCUUUCCCCAAGGUGUCUAGCGUGGAUCGGCCAACUCGUAUUUAUUCCACUUAUUUUUUCCACA